UGUGAUGCUCCCCGGUGAUUUUACAACAACAAAAGUUACAAUUAUACAGUACAUUACAGAAUCUUGUAUCGCAUCGAUAAAGUGCGUCAAAUCAUGAGAUCGCACUAUAUAAUGGUCGGUUAUUUUUUCUUGCGCUAUGGAGGACCAUGCUCGAAGGACGCCAGAUGAGGGUAGCAAAAGUUUGCAACGUGUGAAGGCAUCCAGCCAUUCUUGUGAACGAACGAUAAAUAAACUAAAUAGGAGACAUCAUAAACAUGGGUUGUUGAAACAGUCACAGUCACCUUCCAACCCGAAAGCAUUUGUAACACCUACGCGAACACGGCCGAGAUAUGGGUCAAGUGGAGCGAGUCAACUGGAAUCCCCCGACCCAGUUCAGGACAUCAUCUGGGAGUCAACGUCCCCACCCCCUGUCUGGAAUGGGCCGGGACCUGAGAAGACCCCCCAAAUCAUUGACAUUGUCAACAGAAUUGCCCCAAAGGAGAGGGACAAAGGUGCACAGAGCUCUCCGUUUCUGCAGUGGCUUGGGAAAGAUGCCAUCAGCUGUACUCCAGACGUCCCGACACCUAGAGUCAGGCGGAAGUCUGUGAGGCAAAACAGUGUUGAGGACCUGAAGAAACUGGCCCUUGAGUUUGACCUGAGUUUCGGCAAAGGCCAACAGCAACAACAACAGCAGCAGCAGCAGAGUGGCCCCGGCAGUGACAACCCUCCAGAGGAUGGACCUCACCAGAAGGGGCUGCAACUGCAGGCCGCGACGGCCCUGGACGAGGAGCUCAACGCCCUGUUCGACAGCUCCACCCAACACAUCUCUCGGCCGCUCAGCCAGGGCUCUAGCGCCUGCUCACAGGAGUCCAGGACCGGCAGCACUGCGGUGUCAUCUGCUGCGGCGGACGAUCCGAGCCUCUUCGGAGUAGCGGGCCCUAAAAAAAGCAACACCGCCUCCCUGUCUACCUCAGCCACCACGGUUCAUGCAGAUCGAGCCAACAGCACCAUGACCCGCACGACGGCAGCCACUGCCAAUGUGGCGUCGACCAAAAACGGGUCCGGGAAGGGAGACUUUGACGACGACUGGGAGAAUGAUGACCUGCUAAAUGACUCGUUUGUCCUGGAGAUGACGCAGCACCCCGUCAUGCCUGACUCAGCUCCGGCUCCAGGAUCCGCUACAGCUCCUUCUCGUCCUCCACCCCCACCCCCACCCCCACAGCACCCAGUCUCUAAGGUCACUGACCCGCCAAUUAAGGUCAACCCGUCCGCGUCUGCCCGCACGGCUGUCCCCGGAGGACGGGCAGGACCCAGUAGAGCUGAUGGCAUCAACGUUCGUGGUCGCGGUGGCAGCAGUGCCAAUGGCGGCGGCGGCGGCGGUCGUGGUGGUGCCAGUGGGGUGCAAAUGGGGACUCGCGCCGAGGCCACGGCGCCCACAAAUCCCAGCAGCACUUUCGUGUCUGAGCCUGGAGGCCUUUGGCAGCACAAACACGCCAGCGCCAGUUCGACACACAGGCCAUGUUUGGAUACAAGUGAUGCGGCAAAGCACGAACGUGGUCAAAGCACACAUGCACCGUCAUCCAGCAGACACACAGAGGAGGAGAAAAAGAAAGAGGAGAAGGCAAAUGAGGCGACAGGCCAGACAUUGACAAACAUCCGCAAACAAACUACAGGGCUGGACAGUCGUUGCCCAGGGGCCCAAAAAAGCUCAGAGGCUGGUGUGACGGACAGGAAGGAUAAUGUGAAAUGUCCGACCUCUGCCUCUGAGGACACAUGGGACGAUGACGGUGAUGACGCUGAUGACGACCUGCUGUACCAGGUGUGUGACGUGGUGGAGCGUCUCUCUGCCAGCCAGGAGGAGGCUCGAGAGGUGGCAGCAGCAGCGGCAGCAGCAGCAGUGGCUGGUAGAAAUACAGACAAGAAACCAAGUUUUGCCAGGCAGCUGUCGAUGUCACCGUCACACCUUGUACCUGCUCGGCCUACUAAAUCCACUUUCACAGCCUCUAGCAGUUGGCCCCCUCCUCAGAAGUCAUUUGCCAGCAGUACUAACAGACCUCAGCAUACGUUUGCACGUUCACUGUCCAUGCCCAGUAAGACCAGCACCAGUGUUGUUACCACAGCAGUAUUGCCCAAUGGUGCACCCAAAGCCCAAGCACCUGUUGCCUCAGCCGGAGCGGUCCAUCCAAACCGCACCGCUCCCCCCACUUCCAGUUCCCAUAGACCAAACCAGCAGCAGCAGCACAGGUUCACCCAGCUGAAGCCGCAGGGGACCCAGCAGCAGCAGCAUACCAACCAAUCAGCAGCAGCAGCAGCGUCGGGGACCCGGGGCCCAAAGCCCACGAGCACCACCCACCACUCCGCGGCCAAGAGGCCCCUGCAGGAACCCCGGCCCCUGGCCAACAAAGUAUUUGUCCCCAACCAGAGACCAGUGAGGUGCUCCGCGGCAGAGAUCGAGAGGAAGAAGCAGGACGCCAUCGCAAGGCGAAAACUACGACUGGAGGCAUCCCAGAACACCUCCACACCGACGUAAUGCUGCACGCAAACAAAACAUAAUGUCGACACCCACCUACUGCAUCAUACUUCGCGCUGACUUUGUGAUGUGUGCACGGACAAUGUGUCGCAGUGAGAGUGUGUCAAUCAGUCAAUGAUUGCGCAUGCCAUGGACAUGGCUCGGUUGGACAGAUUUGAAGCAAUUUGCAACUGAAGACGGGGGUUUCUGGUUGGAAUUGCCAAUCAGAAAUGGCCACUGGACAUCAGGGCGGGACAAGAUAUCAUGUGGUCGUUUCUGAUUAGCAAUAUCAACCAGGAAAUCUGUUCAAAUGGCUUCUUUUGCAAAAUCGACCAUCAAAGACACUUGAAAUGUCUUUCACAGAAUGGGAGAGAACUAACACGUCAUUGCUGUGCGUGUGGCUUGGACAUUUCUCUUUCAUCAGCUGUGUGACUGAUGCAUGCUGGGUAAAUGGCAUCCCCCUGCUGACGUACUGCCUCAUGGCAACCAUGUGACUCAGUGCCUGUGUCGUUUCUAUGAACACUAUAUGUAAAUAUAUCUGUAUAUAUGUAAACAUGUUCCAAAAGGACUGGUGUUGGUAAGCUCCUUUCAGAGCUGUAAUCAAGCAGUAUUCGAUUAGCACACUUUAUUUUGAACUGACGUGCCUCAUCCCCUUGAGUUGAGACUGAGAGUCUUGGCUUGGGGUGACCAUAACCUGCUGAGCUACUGUGGACUUUCUUCCCCUUUUGGUGGCCAGUAGCCUGCUUAGAGCUGCUGCCUAUCAUGCUGAACAUUCUGUUUUGUUUCGGUGGGACCUGUGUGUGUGCGUGUGUGCGCGCGUGUGUGCACGCAAGUGCUUGCAUGCGUGUGUGUGUGAUCAUGCGUGUGUGUGUGUGUGUGCGUGCGUGCGCGCGUGUGUGCACGCAAGUGCUUGCAUGCGUGUGUGUGUGAUCACAUGUGUGUGUGUGUGUGUGUGUGUGUGUGUGUGUGUGUGUGUGUGUGUGUGUGUGUUCGCACAAAUGUUGUCACUGCUGAUGGGGUCAUGGUGAUGGACUGGUCCCUGAGCUUGUUUGACAGAUUGACCAAAGUGUACAUAGUCCAUAGUUUCCCACUUCUUUUUGUGUUCUUGUGUAUGUAUGUGUGUUCGGAAAUGUUUUGUCCCAAGAGGUCCAAGCUUUCAGAGAAUAAAACAUUCCUCUUUAAAGUA